CCCAGAUCUACACCGUCGCCCACUUCCAUUUCUUCUUCUCGAAGACCAGGUCUCGUUCCUUCUCUCUCGCCUCAGAUCCGGUCAUCCUCCCACCUUCUCUUCCCUUUCGCGAUCGCCUUCGCCAUUUCCGCCGGGUAAGAGCGGAGGAGCAGCAGCAGGCAUGGGAGUCAAAGAGGGCAACGGCGGUGCCGGCGGCGGGGUAGGGAUCAUGGCGGCGGAGGGGGUGGUGCGCAAGGUGCUCCUCGCCUACGCCUACGUCGCGAUCUGGAUCUUCCUCAGCUUCACCGUGAUCGUGUACAAUAAGUACAUCUUGGAUCCUAAGAUGUACAACUGGCCCUUUCCGAUCAGCCUCACCAUGAUCCAUAUGGCCUUCUGCUCCUCCAUCGCCUUCCUCCUCAUCCGCGUCCUCCGCCUCGUGGAGCCGCCGUCUUCGCCGUCGAUGACCCGCGACCUGUAUGUCGCGUCCGUCGUCCCCAUCGGCGCCCUCUACUCCCUCUCCCUCUGGUUUUCCAACUCCGCCUACAUCUACCUCUCCGUCUCCUUCAUCCAGAUGCUCAAAGCCCUAAUGCCGGUCGCCGUCUACUCCAUCGGCGUCCUCCUCAACAAGGAGUCCUACAAGAGCUCCUCCAUGCUCAACAUGCUCUCCAUCUCCUUCGGCGUCGCCAUCGCCGCCUAUGGCGAGGCCCGAUUCGACGCCUGGGGCGUCACACUCCAGCUCGGCGCCGUCGCGUUCGAGGCCACUCGCCUCGUUCUCAUCCAGAUCUUGCUCACCUCCAAAGGGAUCUCCCUCAACCCGAUCACCUCCCUCUACUACGUCGCCCCUUGCUGUUUUGUCUUCCUCCUCCUUCCCUGGUCCUUCAUCGAGUUGCCCCUCCUCCGCGGUCAGGCCGCCUUCCGCCCCGAUCUUCUCGUCUUCGGCACCAACUCCCUCUGCGCCUUCGCCCUCAACCUCGCCGUCUUCCUGCUUGUCGGGAAGACCUCUGCGCUCACCAUGAACGUCGCCGGCGUCGUCAAGGACUGGCUCCUCAUUGCCUUCUCCUGGUCCGUCAUCCGCGACAGAGUUACCCCCAUCAACCUCUUCGGCUACGGCGUCGCCUUCCUCGGCGUUGCCUACUACAACCACGCCAAGCUGCAGGCUCUCAAGGCCAAGGAGACGCAGAAGAAAGCUCAACAGGCCGAUGAGGAAGCCGGGAAACUCCUCGGGGAGAUGAAAGGUGAUCGUAACAGCAACUCUGGGUCUUGAUCGAUGCCAUGUGAUCGCCUAUCUAUCUACUUUUUAUUAGCUUUCUUUGCCGUAUGCUUCUCAUUUCAGAUUGAUAAGCUCUUAUUUAGAUACGCAGACGCAGGCCAAUACUUCAUGCAUUAAUAAUGCAAUUCUACUCUUUUUUUUAGUCACUUUUUUAAAAAAAAAAUUAAUUAUGGUUGCAAAUUUAGGACACAUCCUUAAGUUUAAUCGACUCUUGUACUAGAUCCAACUACUUUCAAGUAAUGGUGAUAAAAGUUUAUUUCUUCA